AGAAGUUUUGUGAUUUGCAAAACUCUCUCUGUCACUUUCUCUCUCCUUCUUGGCAGGAAGCUUCAUCAGCAGGAAGAAGUUUUGUGAUUUGCAAAACUCUCUCUGUCACUUUCUCUCUCUCUCUCUCACAUAUCACAGGAAAUUAAUUAAGGAGAUGGGCAGCAGUUAUUUUGGAGAGCCAAAUUUGGGAAAUGAAAAAGGAGGUGGAUCUUCUUCAAGAAAAGGCAAGAAGAACAAUCCAGACAAGCCCAAGCAGCCACAGAGAGGUCUUGGAGUUGCUCAAUUAGAGAAGAUCAGAUUACAUGGCCAAAUGGGUUGUGCAUACCAUCCCUCCAUUCAUGGUCCAUAUCCCACUAAUUUUAACAAUGAGGAUAUGAGAGUGCAAACAGCUUAUUCACCUAUGUCAUCAUCAUCUUUUUCUUAUUCAUCCUCAUCAUCAUCUUCCUCAGCUUCUUAUGGUUACCACCCCAACAUGAUGAUGGGGCUAGGAGAAUAUGAAAGAACAAAUAUCAGAUAUGGCGAUUCUCAACCUUCUGCUACAGCAAGAUGGGAUCCCAGCAGUCCCCCUUUAGAGACUCAACAUUUUGCGCAGCCAAGCAUGACUAGACACCUUCUAAAUCUUCAUACAGAGGACUCCGAGGAUAAAAACAGCAAGAAACUUAGGAGUAAUUCCAUGGGAUCAAGCAGUCAGAAUUCUGAUCAAUCAAGUGACAAUCAGGAACCGGAUUUGGAGCUCAGACUGUCACUUUAG